CUCGGGUAAUGUAGUUCAAGAAGCAGUCACCGGCGCUAACCACAGAAAGUCCCCACAUAUCUAGAAAUACACUGACCAGAAGCCCCCGCGUCGAUUCUGCCACACGCGCAAGGAAACAUGAAUUACGCUCGGUUUCUGACAGCUGUCAGUGCAGCGAGAAAGCCUUCCCCUAUCAGGAUGCUGAUGGUGAUGAACAGGCUGACAGAUGAGGUCAGGCAGGAGUCUGUGUGGGCUAUGAUGUUUGCAGAUGACACUGAUCUGUAGUGAGAGUGUGGAGCAGGUGAAAGAGAGCCUGCACAGGUGGAGGAAUGCACUGAAGAAAACAGGAAUGAAGCUGAGCUGCAGCAGCGGUCACCUCCAUCGCUGAUUUCUUUGGCCGGAGGAGCUCCUAACCCCAACACCUUCCCCUUCCAGUCAGCUUCCAUCACGGUGAGGAACGGGCAGACAGUCACCUUCGAUGAGGUGACGAUGAAGAGGGCUCUGCAGUACUCCGCCUCUAAUGGAAUACCUGAGCUGCUGACGUGGAUGAAAAACCUUCAGAAGAACCUCCACAACCCGCCGACUGCGAGCUACAGCCCUGAGAGCGGGCAGAUGGAGAUGUGUGUGACAACAGGGAGCCAGGAGGGGCUCUGCAAGGUGUUUGAGAUGUUGGUCAACCCCGGAGACAAUGUUCUUCUGGAUGCGCCCACGUAUUCGGGAACGCUCGCAGCACUUCAGCCUCUCGGCUGCAACUUGAUAAACGUUCCCAGCGAUCAGCAUGGCAUGAUACCUGCAGCCCUGAAGGAAGUCCUGUCCCGGUGGCAUCCGUCAGAGGUCCACAAGCCCGGAAGCACUGCUCCCAAAAUCCUCUACACUAUCCCAAACGGAGGAAACCCCACCGGUGCCUCCAUGACAGCAGAGAGGAAGAAGGAAGUGUAUGAGCUGGCCAGGCAGUACGACAUGCUCAUCAUCGAGGACGACCCCUACUAUUUCCUACAGUUUGAAAAGCCGUGGGCUCCCACGUUUCUCUCCAUGGACGUUGAUGGGAGGAUCAUCAGGACCGACUCCUUCUCCAAAAUUCUGUCUUCAGGGCUGAGGAUAGGUUUCGUGACCGGCCCCAAACCGCUCGUAGACCGGGUGGUGCUGCACAUCCAGGCUUCAACAAUGCACACAAGCACCUUCACACAGCUCAUGGUGUCUCAGUUGUUGCACAGCUGGGGACAGGAGGGUUUCCUCCAGCACAUAGACAGGGUGAUUGAGUUUUACAGGAAACAGCGAGAUGCCAUGAUCAGCUCUGCAGACAAAUGGCUCAAAGAUGUAGCAGAGUGGCACACACCAUCAGCAGGCAUGUUCCUGUGGAUGAAACUGAAGGGCAUAGCUGAUACCCAGCAGCUGAUCAUGGAGAAGGCGUUGGAGAAAGAGGUCCUGCUAGUUCCUGGAGGUGUCUUCAUGAUCAACAGUAGUGAGCCCUGCCCCUACGUCAGAGCGGCCUUUUCUCUCAGCACACCGGAGCAGAUUGAUGAGGCUUUCAAAAGACUCUCUGCGCUCAUCAAAGAGGCUUUGUGAUGGUUUAUUCGUCCUUGGCAGAUGCAGCAUUUUUUAAAUAUGUGAUUGAAGGGUUUAGUUAAGUUUAGAUUUAAUUGUGUGUUCUUAUGACUAUCAAAAUUAUAGUGUUACAAGCCCAAAAUCAGGACCUACACAGAAAAACUAUAGAUGUGCCGACUGGGUGAAAAAGAUAUCUGAUCAUUUGAGUGAUGCCCGCCUUCCUUAGCUCAGAGUUUAUUUAGCAGACCAAGAAAUCGGUACAGCACACCCUAAAAGAUUAAUGAAGUUCUUCUAAAUCUAGUUUUUCCAAAUCUAACCAUCACCCAUCGCAGAGACGUCAUAAUCUCUGGGAUUAAUUCAUGUUACCAAACAGAUAGUUUUCCAGAAGAAAAAUGAUCCCUUCCUUGGUGAUCUGCUUUAACACAUGCAUGAGCACAUUUAUUAGGACUUCAAGUUUAUCUUCAGACACAGCCUUAGUGCAAUCAUAUAAAAUCCUUUGUAUUCUGUUCUUAAGCUUCUUAAGGACGAACAGAUUUAAUGCGUCUUGGCUUUCUGUGGUAAUGACAGAUAACCUUAAAACGAGGAGGGCAGUCAGGCUCAUUUGUUAGAAUUCAGGUCCUCCUAUUUUCUGGGAAAGAAAAUAAAAAUACUUCAAGUAGCUGAACGCACAAUGAACCAGGAACAUGAAGGAAUCAGGACUGGUUGGUUCAUCAUGAAAUCAGAGAGCUCAGUCUUAACAGUUCUCGAUAUAAUUAUUUUAAAAGUAGACCAGAGGCCUCUGCUACAAAGCAGGAUUUAGGUUUAUCUGGGUAACGUCAAGGUUAGCCUUGAGUUUUCUGUACUAUGAAAGUGGUUCACUAUGAAAGUAGUUCACUUUCA